AACAUUUCAAGGAGAGCGGGAAAAGUUGCCGAAUCCAUAACGCCCAUAACCCUCCCGAAUCAACAAAGAAAGAGCUAUGUGACGAAUAAAUUUAACGUCCAAUUAUCUAUGAAUGUCAGAAUCGUUCAUCUCACCGUAUGUCCCUACUUCAAGUACUUCGUUCAGUGCGGAUUUCUAUAAAAUACACUCAAAUACAACCCUCACUGCUGCGUAUUUAUUGUACAUUUUAUUGUAUAAGUUAACUGUGACUGGUUCUAUAUCCGUCACGCGUACUCAGUAGCCUAUAUUGGAUCGACGGAAUUUUACAAUAAAUGAAUGAGGGUGUAUAUCUGUUUCCUUUGUUUGAACCACCCUAUGUUCAUAAUAAAGUCGAUGCAUCCGCUGAUGUCAAUAAAAUUCUGUUUCCUUCAAAGUUGCAAAAUAUUGAUGUCGCGUUUCAUGCGGUUGGGAAGUUUCGAACGGCACAGUUUUCAUUCACGAAACCCAGUUAAUUUUCUGGUUGGAACGGCCGUAAUGUAAAUGAUCGCUCCUCGUGUUUGUGAAGUUCGACGAUGGCUGAGAACAAAUAUGAGAGAAAGGCCCGAAGAAAGCAGACAAAAGCUAAACAUAUAUUAUUCCAGGAUACUGGAAUUAGUUGUUCAGAUGAGCCCACAAAAUAUGUUAUGGUAGCAAAUGCUGGAUUGGUAACUGGAUUACAGCAAGAACAAUUACUAGAACUCUGCUUGCCAUAUGGAGGAGUUGACGGCAUUGUUAUGCUGCCAGGGAAAUCAUAUUGCUUCAUUAUUUUUAAGGAUAUAUUGUAUGCAUCUAAAGCAUAUGCUGCAAUACAUGGGAAGAUUAAAUUAACACCAAAUGACUCAGGUCCUUUGUAUCUUGCAUAUGCAGAGAAAGUUCCAGAACUCUCCCACUCCUGGAAUUAUGACCAGAAGCCUCCUGGUUUAAUUUUACUAGAAGAAUUUGUUACAGAAGAUGAAGAAAAGUCACUAUUGAACUGUAUUGAUUGGAAGACAUCAGCAUCACAUUUGGGCCAGACUCUUAAGCAUCGAAGAGUAAAACAUUAUGGUUAUGAGUUCCAGUACGACACAAAUAAUGUUGAUAAGGAAUGUCCAUUGUCUGAAAACAUACCAUCUGAAUGCAACUUUCUGUGGGAUCGUCUGAAAGAUAAAAAUAUUAGUGUCCUGUCAUCGUUCCCAACUCAACUAACUGUGAAUCAUUAUCAACCUGGUCAAGGUAUUCCAUCCCAUGUGGACACGCACAGUGCUUUCAAAGAUCCAAUCCUAUCAUUGUCACUUGGUUCCUCAAUAGUAAUGGAAUUUAGGCAUCAGGAUGGCCGAGUAAGCCCUGUUAUUUUACCCCAGCGAUCUUUGUUAAUCAUGUCAGAAGAGGCAAGAUAUGCGUGGAGCCACGGCAUCACACCACGUAAGAUGGAUGUUAUACCAACAAAGAAUGGGGACCUUACAGUUCAGCAACGUGGGGACAGAACAUCCUUUACAUUUCGCUUCAUCAGGAAAGGAGAGUGUAACUGUGUGUACCAUGAUCUGUGUGAUUCCUAUAAGAAGAAAUACAAGAAAUCUGAAGCAGAUACAAACUGUGAUGCAGUAGCAGCAAAAUUAGAGUCGCUCCAUGUACAUGAGGUAUAUGAAGAGAUUGCUAGUCACUUCAGUGAAACUCGUCAUAAGCCAUGGCCUAAUGUGCUAUCAUUUGUGCAGUCCUUACCAUUUGGCUCAGUCUUGGUUGAUGUAGGAUGUGGAAAUUGCAAGUACUUUGGGAACAAGAUGGGUCAUUUUGAGAUCGGCUGUGACCAUAGUGUUAGCCUUGCAAAAGUCUGUCAUGAUCGUGGGUUUGAAGUGUUCAAUUGCAAUUGCUUGUCAUUGCCACUGAAAUCUGGAAUUGCUGAUGGAUGUCUCAGUAUUGCAGUUAUUCAUCAUCUUGCCACUAAGGAACGGAGAUUGCAAGCAGUGGAAGAAAUGGUGAGAAUUCUACAGCCGGGUGGAAAAGCCCUUAUCUAUGUGUGGGCUAAAGAUCAACAGAGGCAUAACACACAAUCUAGCUACCUAAAACAGGAUAGAAAAAACAGAAAGAAGGAUUGUGAUGGUGAAUUAAAAUGUGUGCCACAACACGCUGAUGGCAGUAAAUCCAGAAACACAAUUUUAAACAAGGUUUCAAGUCAAUUCCCAUCACUCCCAGUUCAUACAAACAGAACACAAUUCCAGCAUCAAGAUCUUCUAGUGCCAUGGAAACGAAAGCCAGGACAGAAAAUUGAACUUGAUAACAAGACAGAAGGCGCAUUAUGUCUUGAAAACAGUUCCCAGGAACUGCCUACAUUUUACAGAUAUUACCAUGUGUUUGAGGAGGGGGAGCUGGAACUUCUGUGUAGCUGUGUGAAAGAUUCCAAAGUUGUCCAAAGUUAUUAUGACCAAGGAAACUGGUGUAUUGUUCUUGAGAGAGUGUAAACACUGUUUUAAUACACUUGGAGAUGAGUCAUGAACAGAUGCAAGAAACCAACUUAGUGCUUAACAGUGUCCACUUCCUUAUACAAUGAAACUCGCAUUUACAGUACCAUCUUUUUGAAUCUUAGUUUUAAACAGACAUAAUUCUUUUUGUAAUUAAAAUAUACAGAUUAAAGUUUUAUCAUCAUU